AUGGGACGUCCUCCUUGCUGUGACAAAGCAAAUGUGAAAAGAGGGCCUUGGACUGCUGAGGAAGAUGCAAAAAUCCUUGCUUAUGUAGCCACUCAUGGAAUUGGCAACUGGACAUUGGUCCCUCAAAAAGCAGGUCUGAAUAGGUGUGGAAAAAGCUGUAGGCUGAGAUGGACCAAUUAUCUGCGUCCCGAUCUUAAGCAUGACAACUUCACACCUCAAGAAGAAGACUGCAUCCUUGAGCUUCACAAAACCAUAGGUAGCAGGUGGUCUUUAAUAGCGAAACAAUUACCAGGGAGAACAGACAAUGAUGUCAAAAAUUACUGGAAUACAAAGCUCAAGAAAAAGCUAGUGAACAUGGGAAUUGAUCCUGUAACACAUAAACCAUUUGCUCAGGUCUUUGCUGAGUAUGGUAAAAUUAGUGGUCUCCCUACAACUAAUCAUAUCCAAUUCUCCAACAAUAAUAUCAAUAUCUUCUCAAAUGAAACUACUACUCCACAUCAUCACUUGCAACAAAACUAUUCCACUCAAAUCUACACAAGGGAGACUCUACAAACACUUUGUUUUACUGAACAAUCUCACCUUCCAUCUUCUUCCUCAACGUCUUGGAAUGACGACUUUAUACUUGGAGACCCUUUAACAUCCGGGACAUUUUUGUCAAACCAUCCUGUUGAACAACCCACUUGUUCCCCUGCAAUGGAUUCAUUCGUGGACACUAUCUUGGCUCGCGACAAGCAAAUGCUAAUGGAUUUUCCACCACUUCUAGAUGUCUACCUCGAUUAUUGAUUCUUGAUAUACGUGGUGUGUUUGUGAUUUUAAUUCUAGUUGGAAUAAUGCUGGUGCAUGAUGAAUCCUUAGACUUUUUAGUUACCUUUUUGUCACAGACAAAACUUUGAAGAUUAAUUAAUGAGUGUAACUGCAACAUUCAGCUACUUGCAAAUCUGAUGAAAACUCUAAUUAAUUAGGCACAGAAAGCUAAGGUAUGUGACACGGAUACAAUCAACAUCUGAAUUAUAUAUACUUGUAGAACCUUGGCAUUAUAACUCAUGUAUUGAUUAUGAAGAUAUCACAUAUCCAACUGGACUCAGAAGUUCAUCCAAUGAAAAAGAAUUGUCGACUGGUUGUUGAGCCA